CGUAUCACCAUUCAGAUUGUUCAAUAUAUUUUUUCAAUACUUUAGUCAAAAUUAAAGAAAAGAAGUUUACUAUGAAAAUAAAAUUGGAAAUAAUUUCGUUUCAUCUGCGUCAAUUAGCUACUAGCUGGUUCAGAACGUCGUAAACUCCGUCCUGCGCAGCGAUCUUCAUCUGCACCGUCUGCGACCCCGCCGGCGGCAAAAGCUUCAAACCUAACCGGUAAAUUUGCAGUCCGAAGAUCUCUAAUGGCGGCGUGUAGUUUAGGGGCUUCAAGUCUUAAGAUAAGAAACCUGGAUUUCGGUUUUGGAGGGUCCAGAUUGAACAGAUUGCCUGGAAUCAAAACUAAGUCAUUGAUUGGAUUUAGUGGUCUCGUAACAGCCCCAAAUGCAAAGAAAUCAUUGCUAAGAUGGGGGUGCUUUGCUUCUAAUGCUCAAUCUAGUCCAAGGUUAGAUGAAAGUCUACAGAAGUUUAUUCUAUCUGAUGCAGCAAGUGCACCAAUUCAAAUUUCAGAUGAGGUUGAAUCGUUCCUCACGGAAUUAUGUGAUACAACCACAAUAGCAGAAGUUGAAUUAAAAGUUGGGGAUUUCAAGUUAUAUGUGAUGAGGAACUUAAAAAGUCAACCAUCAACUUCCCUUCCCCCACCAAUUCCUGCUUCUGAGGAUGGUUCUACAGCAGUUGAGUUGGCUAAUUCAAAUGGGUCAGCCCCAUCACCAUGUCUAUCCAUUGUUAAACUGGAUUCAUCAGAUGAGGUUGGCACUUCGAUUGUUAAAGCUGCCGAUGAAGGGUUAGUGAUCAUCCGAUCCCCAAAGGUUGGCAUUUUUAAGCGAUCUAGGACUAUCAGGGGAAGACUUGCUCGCCCAUCUUGUCAAGAGAAACAACAAGUGAAGGAGGGCCAAAUAAUAUGCUAUAUUGACCAAGCUAGUUGGGAGGUUCCUGUUGAGUGUACUGUGGCAGGAGAGGUUACAAAAAUACUGUUAAAGGAUGGAGAUUUUGUUGCAUAUGGUGAUCCCAUCAUGGAGAUCCUUCCUUCUUUCCAUGGCAUUUGAACAAAAGUGAUUGUAGAAGAAAGCUGUGUGUGUGGACUACAAGUGUUCAGACAUGAAGUUUUCAAUGACCCAAACCAAAAAGGAUACAGUUCCUAUGUGUGUAAUAUGAAUUCUUGCUGCUUUUCCCCAGAUUUUGACUUAUAUUGCCUACUCAUAACAUGUAUUUUAUUUGUGUUCUAAUGUUUCUCAUUGGGUUUAUGAUGACACUCAAGUUCAACAUUUUUCUUCAAUGCGUAACGCGUUU